CAAGGCCCUGAAAGUUGAAACUUAAAAGGACUAUUAAAAUCACGAUCACUAAGAAAUAUAGUUAUAAUUAGUUUAAUGUAGUAUCAAGUAUGGUCAAAUUAUAAUAAUUUACUUUUAAACAAUCUCUAAUAUUUUUGUCGAAAUUCAUUAUUUAACAAAUAAUUUACAGAGUUCUUAUUAAACUUUUAAUUUGAUUUGAAUUUCCUAAACAAUGGAUAGCAAAGUUCGUCGGAAUGGUCGUUUGAUAGACAUUGUUGAUGAGGAGUGGCGUGCAGAGGUUUUGCCACACGAAGAUAUUCAGGUUCCAUUAGAUGAGCUACCAGACCCUGAGGCAGACAGUGCAGACUCACACCUUACUCUCAAAGAACAAAGUCUCAGAUGGCAAGAGAACUUUCCUGAGCCAGCUAAUGUAGAGCAGAAUUAGGCUUAAAAUAUUCUAUUUUAAUUUAAAUGGCCACAACAAUUUAAGCCGAUAGCUACCAAAUGUUAACAAAUGUACCAAAGGCAAAUUUGUCAUAUAAAUUGCAUGGAAAUGUGACAAUAUAUCAUAACAUUCCUCUGGCUCAAAUAUUUCUUGGCCAUCUGGUGAAUCCUGAAAAAAAUUUGUAUGUAAAACUUUAAGUAAUAUUAUAUCCAAAAUUAUUUA